ACCGCCUGAGCCCCGGCGUCCUCCACAGCCCUGCCCCGCAGCUGCCUCACCCCGGCUGCUGCUGCAGGUCCAAACAGGGUAGCGGAGCACGGGUUACAAUUAACAGAAUUAAAAAUAGGCCUGAAUAAACUGAACACCCAGAGAGGCUAGAAAUUUGCUGUGCAGGUGGCACGUUAGGAGCAAAGUGAGUGGUAUUAUUCAAACAAAGGUAAUCCAAGACACCGCAGCGCGGGAGCUUCGACUACCUUUCAGGAUGGCCUGGGACUCCUUGUGCAGCCAGGACUUACGGCGGCCUAGGAUAAGAAGUGCCUCAAGCGGGAUGCCCGACAGCGGGAGCAGCACUGGGACACCGUCCCUGGAGGAGCUGCGGCGCCUGCUCUGCACACGCACACACCCCACAGGGCACGUGGAUGAAGUCUGGCCAAACCUUUAUGUGGGAGACCUGUACGUUGCUCGCGACAAGGCGCAGCUGAGCCGCCUGGGCAUCUCCCACGUGGUGAACGCCGCUGCCGGGAGGUUCCGCAUCAACACCGGGCCCAAGUUCUACAGCGACCUGCCUGUGCAUUACUACGCAGUAGAAGCAGAGGACAACCCCAACUUUGAUCUCAGCAUUCACUUCUAUCCAGUUGCUCACUACAUCAGAGAAGCACUGAAUUCCCCAAGAGGCAAAGUUCUGGUUCACUGUGCAAUGGGAAUCAGUCGGUCUGCAACUCUGGUCCUGGCUUUCCUAAUGAUCUGUGAAGGUCUGUCCCUCACCGCCGCCAUUCAGACUGUGCGCUCCCACAGAGGCAUCUGCCCCAACUCCGGCUUCCUCCAGCAGCUUCGGGACUUGGACCUCCGGUUAGGGAGGGGCUCAGGCAGAGGAGCAGAGGCCUGCUAGUGCCAAGAAGCAGCUUUGUCUCCUGGCACCAGCCCAAGAGAUGCUGCCCUCUCUGAAGAGUGCAAGGAUGCUGUCAGGACUGCUCUGUAGCUGCAUGGAGAAACUCUGGGGAAAGGCCGAGCAUGAGCAAACUCUUAGGAACUGUCAGGCAUGUAUUUUUUGCAUAAGCACACUAAUUGGAAAGCAAAUGGAAUAAAGAAAGAUUCAAGCUGGCA